AAAAAAACCGUAGGCAUCAAACGACGAACACAGCUUAAAACCGUAGAUAUCAUAAUCAUCGCAUCAGCGCCAAAGGAGACCGACAAUCAAAUAUCAGCUGCCUCAGAAAUCUGAUUACGUUUAAUUUUGUCUUUUUUAAUUUUUUUUCUUUACUUUUUUUUUCCCUCGUUUUUCCAUAAUCCUUCAUUUCACCUCCUACAAUCAAAAACCACACACCCCAAGCUCCCCAUUCAAAAUUACUUUCACAUAUCUCCUGUUGCUCUGAUAAUCCUAUCUUGCUUGCCAUAUCAAUCCAAUCUUCUGUUGCGUUUCUUCAUCGUUUCUUUCUUCAAUCACCAUGAGCUACGAAAACGAUCCGUAUAGGGAUGAAGACGGUGAGGCGUUGAUGAAUUAUGAUGAUCUCAACUCAGAUCCUGAACCGCAGGAGCCGAAUCAGAAUGAUCUUCUCGACGACAAUUUUGACGACGAGAAUGACGGCGGUUGGAAUCGGGAGCCUUCACCGGCGACUCCUGUUCACGAUGAUUUCAAGGCUAAGCCUCGCAAACGGCUGAUUAAGAAGUCCGGGGCAAGUGAGCUGGCGCCGGAUGAUUAUGGAGUUGGGAUGGACGAUGACGUCGCUGACUUUGUGAGGGAUGAGUCCGAAGAUGGUGGUAGGCUGCCUUCUUCUUCGUCUGGAGGUGGGAGUGGGAUUAAGAGGAAGAAGUUUGGGAAGGAAAUCAGUGGGGGUGAAAGGAGAAAGGAGAAGAAGAGGAGUGAAGGGAAGGGGGAGAAGAAGUUCAAGGCUAGCAAAGCAGGAGGAGGGCGGUCAAGGGACCGUGAAGGUGAUCGUGAGAUGAAGGAGAUGUGGGAAACUGUAGCUGGAGGGGAUUCCGAGGAUGAUAGAGACGGUGUGAGGACAUUAGACGAUGACAAUUUCAUAGAUGACUCAGGCGUAGACCCAGCUGAUCGGUAUGGAAGUGAUCGUGAACGUUCUCCGGGUGAUGCGCCCCAGGCAGAGGAAGGGGAGGAGGAUGACGAAAUCAAGCAGCUCUUUAAAAUUGGUAAGAAAAAGAAGAAAACUGAGAAAAGCGCUGGAGAGAUUGCGUAUUUAGUUGAGAGUGUAAUGGCAGAGCUUGAAGCUGCUGCGGAAAAUGAUGCUGACUUAAAUAGAGAAAAUAAACCAGCAAUAAAUAAACUUAAGAAGCUGCCUCUUCUAACGGAAGUGCUGUCAAAGAAGCAGCUUCAACACGAAUUUUUAGACCAUGGUGUUCUUGCUCUCUUGAAAACCUGGCUUGAACCCCUUCCUGAUGGAAGCUUGCCCAAUAUCAACAUCCGAGCUGCAAUUUUGAAAAUUCUUACUGAUUUUCCAAUUGACUUGGAGCAAUUUGAUAGGCGGGAGCAGCUAAAAAAAAGUUCUCUUGGGAAGGUUAUUAUGUUUCUGUCAAAGUCUGAUGAGGAGACCCCUGCUAAUCGGAGACUUGCUAAGGAUUUGGUUGAUCAAUGGAGUCGACCAAUUUUCAAUAAGAGCACAAGGUUUGAGGAUAUGCGGAACUAUGAAAAUGAGAAGGCUGCCUUCAGGAGAUCAUCAGUUAAAAAGCCAAUGAGUAAAGGUGCAGGGAUGGAGUCCAGAGAUGAUGAUCUUGACUUGGCUGGCUAUUCACAGGGGUCUAAAUCUGGCCAGUCAUCUUCUAGACAGCAUGCCUCUAGACCUGAGGCCAUGUCUAUGGACUUUCUGGUGCGGCCACAGUCGAAAAUUGAUCCCGAGGAAGUCAGGGCACGGGCUAAACAAAUGGUGCAAGAUCAGCGUCGGCAGAAGAUGAAUAAGAAGUUGCAGCAGUUAAAAGCUCCGAAGAGAAGGCAGCUUCAAGCUACAAAGCUUAGCGUGGAAGGACGAGGCAUGGUCAAGUACUUGUAAUGGCAUUAUUUGUUCCUUUGCUCGGCUUGCUGAGUGAAUGCUGUUUGUGGGACGAGUUGGGAAGAGGUUGGGUGCCCUGAAUAAUUUGGUACAUCAGCACAGCAUACCCUCGUAACCUGCUUUAAAAAUUUCAUGGGAGGAAUUCUUCAGGUACUCCAAGAAAGAUUGGCAAACAAUUGUCAUGAAAUUGCUUCAAGAUUGAUAUGGUUUACUGGUGCCGGAAAGUGCUGUCCUAGCUGCUGGUGUACUUU